ACACUCCUGCAGAACCUGUACGAGAGCAUUAAGAAUGAGCCCUUCAAGAUACCUGAAGACGACGGCAACGACCUCACACACACGUUCUUUAACCCUGACCGCGAGGGCUGGCUGCUAAAACUGGGUGGACGGGUGAAGACGUGGAAAAGGAGAUGGUUCAUCUUGACAGACAACUGUCUGUAUUAUUUUGAAUACACCACUGAUAAAGAGCCAAGAGGGAUCAUUCCUCUGGAAAAUCUCAGUAUUAGGGAAGUGGAAGACUCCAAGAAGCCAAACUGCUUUGAACUCUUCAUCCCAGACAACAAGGAUCAGGUCAUCAAAGCAUGCAAGACUGAAGCAGAUGGACGGGUUGUGGAAGGAAACCACACAUUCUACCGCAUCUCGGCGCCAACAACAGAGGAGAAAGAAGAGUGGAUCAAAAGCAUCAAGGCUGCCAUAAGCAGGGACCCUUUCUAUGAGAUGCUUGCUGCCAGGAAGAAGAAAGCAUCAUCUUUGAAGAGACAGUAGAACCGCUCAUGUCUGCAUGGAUGGAUCUCCGCUUCAAGGCCGCAAAGAGGAUGUUUAGACAUGGACCUGGAAAAGGGGCGAAUGAUAAACGGAAGCCAUAACGCUGGAUUGGAGCGAUUUUAAUCUCAGGAAUGACCUUGAGUUUUGAAUGUUGUCAGUGAAGUUGGCUUUCUUGGAGGUAAUCUGACAUUUAUACAUUUAAUUCUCAUGAACGAACGUUAUCGUGCACUCACGUACAUUAUCAUCUCAAAUCAGCAGGUCUGACUGAAUGUGGCGUCUUAUUGACCUUUUCUAAGCUUGCUGAAGACAUGGCCGUUCCUUUCUGUGCUUUGAUACAUAUAAAAUGCUAAUUGUACACCUAUUUUUACACUGCUACUGUAAGUAUCUGGAUUUUGGCCUCGUUUUGUUUAAGACGGUCUUACUGGUUUUCUAAUCAUUUCUGAUCUGCUGUCAUAUUUAUCAUUUUUUUGUUGGCUAGAAAUCUUUUCACAUUUUGCCAAAGUUUGUCUUUCAGUCCUACUCCAUGUAAUACUUUCCUAAAACCUGAAGUUGACAGCUUCUGUUUCAUGAACAUGAAAUGAAAAUAUAUUUUUAUUUUGAUGCUGUUUAUUUAGCGUUAACAGUUUUAUUUGAAAUAUCAGGAUUUUUCAUUGUCACUGAUCUCAUAGGUGGCCUUGAUGACUGAAAUCCAAAAACAUUUCAGUAAGUUUGGUUCAUGUUUAUGGAACAAUGUCAAAAAUUAAACUACUGACAUGAGAGUUUAUUUUUUACUAUGUUUUGUAUUUUACCACAUUAAAUGUAUUGGUUAAAUUAACUCAUGAACAAACACAAAAAAAACUUUUUUUCCCUUUGCUUUAUAUACACUGUUAAUUGAGAGAAAACUCUUAAAUGCUAAUUUAUCAAUGAUGUAAAUAUUUAAACAUAUAGGUUGUUUAAUUUUUGUCAAAAUAUACUUUGUGCUAAAGUAAACAGGGUGACGAAAAGGUUUAAACAUGUCAAAGUUUAUUUCACCAUUGCUAUGUAACCUGUGCUUACAAUAAAAGAAGUUUGAGCUUUAAAAAUAACUGUAAAAUUUGAUUUCAUAAAUAAUUUUUAUUUCUCGA